UACACACUCACAUGCGCACACACUUUGCGUCCUCUGUUUCUCUUUCCAAACGUGUCAGUCAACUGGUCAGUCCAAUAUCUGUGUGUGUGUGUGUGUGUCGAGAGGAGAUGCUGACAAGGUCCCCGAGCCUUUCAUCUCAAUGAGUCACGACAGGUGGACACACACGAGGAUAUAGGCACUGUCUCUCCCAGAAGACAGCCACCAGCAGGUCGACUUCCUGUCCUCACUACUGCUGGCGUCUAUGAGCCGUUUGAAGGCAGUCGGGUGCAUUUCACAGCAAUCCUGACGACAAGAGGCUCUUGGCAGCACCAUGUCUUCGCCCUCCCUUCCAAUGCCCUCUCUCCCUCCCAGCCCCCUGGCUAUGGAGUACCUCAACGAUUUUGACCUCCUUAAGUUCGAGGUGAAGCCUGACACUCCCCCUCUUGAAAAUCCAUGUCCAUACCCUAAAGCUGGCCUCCCUCACGACCCGGCCGGCUCGCCGUACGCCAACCAUCCUCCUGCAGACUCCAGUUUGAGCUCCAGCCCUUACAACUCACUGCCGCCCUCGCCGACGCUCAGUGACGCCCACCCGCCGCCCUCAGGCUCAUCCUCCAUGUCGUCGUCAUCCUCCUCCAUCUCCUUCCCACUGUCCAUCACAAACAGCUUCACCUCUGCUUUGAGCUCAGGCUCUCAGGGGAACGUGGAGAGCAGUCCCAUCCACAGCGGUCCUCAGGGCCCCACCCCGGCCUCCCUUGAAGAUCUCAUCUGGCUGGCUGCUCUGCAGCAGCAGUUUGGCGGUGAGGUGACGGGUCCGGCCACCUUGCUGGGAGCACUGGGAGGGAGCGUCGAGAAGGGGGAGAGAGACAGGGCACCAGGAAAUGGCUUUCUUGGCUGCGAGGAUGCUGUGGAAGCCCUGUUGAACUCAGCUGCCGCCGCCGUCACCUCACAGUUCCCAGGCCUUUCCCAGAGCUCCACCAGCAACCUGGGAGACUCCAGCAGCGACAGCGGAGGUGACAUAUCCUGCUCUAAAGGAACAGACACGUGCCAUCGCCCACUGGUCUUCCUCUCAUCUGCUCCUGCCUCGCUCCCCAACACGACCCCCACCUCAGCUUCAUAUGCACAACCUCUGAGCCCCCAGGGCUGUCUUCAUCAACACCAGCAUCAUCAUCAUCAGCACCACCUCCAUCACCCCAUGCAUGGCAACCAUCACCACCAUCAUCAUCUGCAACAAGUCACUCAGUGUGGUGUAAAUGAGCGCUUCUCUGAUGAGCAGCUGGUGAGCCUGUCGGUGCGAGAGUUGAACCGGCACCUUCGCGGGGUGAGCAAGGACGAGGUGGUUCGCCUGAAACAGAAGCGCCGCACUCUGAAGAACCGUGGCUACGCCCAGUCGUGUCGCUACAAACGGCUGCAGCAUCGCCACGCCCUGGAGUCCGAGAAACACGUGCUCACGCAACAGCUGGAACAGCUGCAGUGCGAGCUCACUCGGGUGCUGAGGGAGAGAGACGCCUACAAAGCUCGCUACGAGAAGCUCCUCAGCACAAAUCACAGCGCAGGAGAGGCUCCGGCGACACGCAGCAGUAACCCACCUUCCCCUCCCCCUGACUACUUCCUCUGAGUUCGACCCACCCACUUGUGCAUCCAUUAAAAAAUAGAAGAAAAAAAAGGUCAGCGAGGAGCAAACACUGAUGAGUGUUGAAACUCUGGAAGGACGCUGAUGAAAGUGUAGGCCAAAACAUGUCUGUGUGUUUACGUGUGUACUGGAGAGAAGUUUGAGUGCAAGGUAACUCAGCUCCAUUGAAACAGCACUACUGGACAUUAGAAAUGGAACAAGACGUACUUUCUCUUGGGUGUUGAGGUGUGCGUGCACAAACUCUAAAAUAUCAAUUCAUAUCAGUCAAAACUCCAGAACACGAGUUGUUCCCCAAAUACCUUCCUAUCGGCAAAGAGCAAACUUUUCGAGGCAUUUUUUCACUGGUUCCGAUGUGAGCGCAUAUUGACAAACCGCUUUCAUUUCAAGACAGACGUUCAAAGUUCUGAUCUGGAGGGACAGUAACUGAUUAUGGGAUUCAUUUUGUGCUGGUCACGCAACAUGUUCUCGACUCAUCACGCUAUUAAAAAUGUUUUUCAAUGGCAAGCUGCUAACGCUGAGGCGGUUGAGUAGCGCAGCUGUGCUAGACGUGCGGUGCAAGACCUAGGGGUGUAUUUGCCAGCUGACUUUUCACAUUUGCCUACCAAAGCUCACCGCGUUUUAGUCUUUGUAAGAAGAUUUAGAAUGAUGAAUGUACACCGAAUCUUCCAGGGGUAAAUGAGUAGUCAAAUUACUGCUGUGACUUAGCUAAGAACAAUGGCAGGAAGGACUAGCUGUUUGCUGAUCAAAUGUUGGGUUUUCUUUUCAAAGUUGUUGGUGGUGCUUUUGGAGCCAUUGCAGCAGGAUAAAAAAAAAAAGUGUGGCAUGGUUUGUGUGGUUGUGUCUGGUAAUGCUACCGAAGCUAUUUUGAGGACCAUUAAACAGUCAUGACAAUCAUAUUACUGCAAUGUGGGGAAGGAAAAACGACUCCAUUGCAGACAUCACCCACGGCGCGCAUCAAUGCAAGGAAAUACAAAAACUGCAGGGAUCCAAAGAAACGCUUGCGGACACCUCUUCGAUCGACAAAUGGCCAGGCAUUAUAGUUGUUUGGCUGUCGGUUCCUUUUAUUUAUUCAUUUAUUUAUUCCACUAUUUAUUCAUUGUUUAUUUUAUGUACCGGUACCGAUUUCUGGUUUUACUUCACUAGUGUGUAUUUUUACUUUCCUACUGCAUAUCAUUUGGUCCAGUCAUGAUUAGAAGUUACAGAAAUGGCGGCCAAUACCGAGUCCUGCUGUAGCGUGGUAUCCUAUAAAAUAAAAGGAGCAUUC